AUGGUCACAGCAACAUGGCCGCGGCGACGGCAUUCACCCAGUUACUUCGCCGUCUCCACAGCACUUCUCUGCGCAUCGACUGCCAGAGCGGAACUUUUCUACACUGCACGCAGUCCCGUUAUUCAGGAUGGCCUUAUCAACAAGCCUGCAACAGUUUGCCCCGUGGCUCAGGAUGGCUACACUUCAGAUACCUUCCCAUGGACGCAUCACCCUACAUGCGUAGACAUCAUACUACCCAGUAAAGAGAACGAGAGCACAGGAUCAGAUGUUCAUCAGACAUUCUGCGCCUACACCAAUGCCAACUACAACAACGGUCGCGGCAUCAGCUUUGUUGUGAGUCCCGAGGUCGCGGCUAGCGUGACCAUGGAGACGUUUGGCAUGAGCAUUGGGGGCAUGGAAGGUCAGGUGGGAGAAGAGAUGGGUAUGUGGGAGGUAAAAUACGCAGGAGAGAAGGGCAAAGGGUUGUUUGCAAAGAAAGAUAUCGCCGGGAUCUUUCCAGGCGAGAGCUUGAUUGUGCAGACUCCUGUGCUGUUCGUCGCUAAACAGAUACUGGAAAUUCCGGAGAUGCCGAGGCCACAGCUCGUGUUGAAGCAGGCGGUUGACCAGUUGCCGACAAAAACUAGGGAGAUGGUCAAGAAAUUGGAUGUCAAUGUAGAUGGCACUGUCGAGGACAUUGUCACGACGAACGGCAUUGCUGUUAAAUGGCCAUGGGUUGACGAGCUGCCCCAGCUUUUGGCAGUUAUUCCCGAGGCCGCGCGCAUCAAUCAUGCUUGUCGACCAAAUACUCUAUGGCGUUUCGACGACUACACCCUCUCAUUUGAAGUCUUCGCUCUCAGAGACAUCAAGCCCGGAGAAGAGAUUACGAGAAGCUAUGGCUUCGAAAAACGUGCUCGCCGACGUCGCGUGAAGUCUAUAGAAGCGAACUUCGGUUUCACCUGCGCCUGCCCUCUGUGCACCGCAGACGACGACGCAACAAUGGCAUCCAACGACCGCCUCUCAGAGAUCAAAGCCCUGAAAUCCGUCCUACCCACCGAUCCAGAAGAUUCACCGCAGCUUCUCGGCCUUCUCCCCAAACUCAUUGAGCAUCUGGAAGAGGAAGGGCUCCUAACCGAACUACCCCAGUAUGAAGAGAUCCUAGCGUACACGUGGAGUAGUUUCGGAAUCGAGGAUCGGGCGAAGCACUGGGCAGGGAGGGCGCAGAAGCAUUGGGCUGUUGUAGCGGGUAAAGAGAGCUGGGAGCAGAGGAGGUGUGGGGAGUUGGAGGCGAAUGUUAGGGGCCAUCAGACUUGGAUGACGUGGAAGGGUGAUCCUUGGGAGGGUGUUGGUGAGGGACAUCCGUGGGAUGAGAAGGAGGGCGAUGGACAUGAUCAUGACCAUGGACAUGACCAUUGA